AUGGAGGGAUCGGCGACGGAGGGAAAUCACGGAGGCGAUCCCCGCGCCGAGCAUGCCGCAACCAAGGAGUCCGAGGCGGCGGCAACGCAACACCAUCUGACGCUGCUCCAGCCGACCGUGGUCGAAGUUUCUGCAGCCGUGCUGGAUAAGGACAAGGUGGGGGAGCACGAGUCGGUGGGGCUGGUCGGUGGCUCUCCACCUUCUGGUGGACGGGGGAGGCAUAGGCAGAGGAAGAGCGAUGGGGAGGACGAUUAUGACACCGCCGUGCCCGGGGACCUCAUUACGCGGGCGAAGAGGCGGCAGACGACAGGUAGUGCUGACGACGCCGGUGGCGCGGCAGUUGGGACACCGCGAGGCGCCAAGGAAGCUAGUGGCAAGGCGGGCGGUCAAGCAUUGCGCCAGAAGGGCCGACCCGCAGCAAGAAAAGCAUCCGGCGGAAGGAGAGGCAAGAAAGCAGCGACGGGAACAAAGCCGAAACGGGGCGAUGAAGACCCCGGUGAUGCGGAGGAGGAGGAGGAUGAGGAGGAGGAUGCGGAGGGAGAGGAGGAUGAAGAGGAAGCGGAGGAGGAUGACGCGGAUGUUGGGGAGGAUGAAAAAGAUGAGAAUGAUGGCGGGGAGGACGAAGAGGAGGAGGAGGAGGAGGAGGAUGAGGAGGAGGAGGAGGAGGAGGAGGAGGAGGAGGCAGAGGAGGAGGAGGAGGAGGAGGAGGAGGAGGAGGAGGAGGAGGAGGAGGAGGAGGAGGAGGAGGAGGUGGCGCCAGUGAAGGGACGGGGCGGGCCGUGA